AUAGAAACAUUUCUGGUUGGUUCAAUCGAAAGUCAUGAUAAGUAGAGCAGUAGAUUGAUGACCCGUCUGGGAAGUGUAGUUGUUGUAGUCCAUCAGAGGGCAGCAAACUGCAGGAAGAGGACGAGGCAGGCAGUGUGUCUCACACACACACAACUCCUGCAUGAGUUCACCUUCACAUUUAUAACUACCCCCCCCUCCCCCAAAAACAGCUAUUUAGCUUGUCCUUUGGGAUUUCCUUACAUCAUGAACGGGUCAGCAAAGUAUACUGCGCCUACAGUGCUGGGUAUACAGUUGAAAAGAGGACCACAAGGUCUAGGGUUUAACAUAGUGGGAGGUCUGGACCAGCAGUAUGUUCUGAAUGACAGUGGGAUCUAUGUGGCUAAAAUCAAACAGAAUGGAGCUGCAGCGUUGGAUGGAAGAUUACAAGAAGGAGACAAGAUAUUGGCCAUAAAUGGCCACAAGCUGGAGAACCUGUCACACAGUGCUGCUGUGGAGCUCUUCAGGUCAGCAGGAGAGGACGUGCAGCUACGCGUACAGCAGAGGCCCACCAUGGCCAUGAAUGGGCCCCCCAGUUCCAGACCUGACGGGGGCUCGUCUGUCUCCUCCUUGGGAAUACUUGUGGCUGUCCUGGGAGCUGCUGCAGCUGUUACUGUCCUCUUCAUGCGCUUCCAACCACAACUGAGGAGGCAUUUUUAAACCUAUGUAUCUUUCUCCUCCAAAGCAUUUUUAAAAGCAAAACCUAGGACUGAACACUUUGUUGAAGCCCCCUCCCCCCCAAAAAAAGAAAUUAUACAGUACCAGUGAAAAAUUUGAACUCAUCUACUCAUUCAAGGGUUUUUUCUUUAUUUUUACUAUUUU